UAUUAACAUGGAGGCCCGCAGCGGGGAUUGAUGGAGUUGGUGUUCGCGCCUCGAGUCGAAUCGCCGAUUGUCACGCUAUAUAACAGAAGGACCCCAACUUUGAAUUGGCACUUUUUUGCGAAUGUCCACGGCCAUCGCACGAGGACAGCGACAGCAUGGCUUCCACGGAUUACAAGGAUAUCGCUAUUGAGGAUGCGCCGCGGAGCGUGGAGCAUCACACGAAGCCGGCGAGGGGCCUCGCCGCCAGUUUGAGCCCAGAAAGACGACAGCAAGUCGAGAAGACGCUGAAGCGCAAAUUGGACGCAAGAUGCUCGCUCUUUGUCGUCAUCUAUAUUAUGAAUUAUCUCGAUCGAAAUAAUAUUGCGGCCGCACGUCUCGGUGGACUACAAGAAGAUCUCGGUAUUACCAACACGCAAUAUGCGACUUGUUUGAGCAUUCUCUAUGUGGGCUAUAUUUUGAUGCAGAUACCGUCGAAUAUUAUCAUCAAUCGCAUCCCGAGACCGUCGCUCUACAUAUCUAUCGUCAUGCUGCUCUGGGGGAUGAUAUCCACCCUUUCUGGGAACACCAGCAACUUCGCUGGCAUGGUCGCAGUGCGAUUCUUCAUCGGUUUCGUUGAAGCGGCCUUCCUGCCCGGAGCCCUACUCAUCUUGUCAAAAUGGUACACCAGACGCGAACUGACAUUGCGAAACGCCAUUCUCUUCUGCGGCAACCUCAUCUCCAACGCCUUUUCCUCGCUCGUCGGAGCCGCUGUACUCUCCAACAUGGAAGGCGUCCUUGGACAUCGGGCAUGGAGAUGGCUCUACUGGAUUGAAGGCGCUGCUACGAUGGUGAUAGCCAUAUCAGCAGCGUUCAUUCUGCCCGAUCUUCCGCAUAACACACGAGGUUUCACAGAGGAAGAGCGUGCCGUCGCCGUGCUGCGCAUGACCGAGGACGUAGGCGAAGCGGACGAGGACUCUGCUGAGCAGUCGCCAUUGGCAGGGCUCUUCAUGGCCGUUAAAGAUAUCAAGAUUUACGUCAUGAUGUUGACUUUCACAGCUUAUGUCGCUGGCCUUUCCUUCAACGCUUUCUUCCCUACGCUUACGCGCACCCUUGGGUUUGGCUACAUAACGACACUACUCAUGUCCGCGCCUCCGUGGGCGUUCGCCUGCCUCGUGUCAAUCAUCAAUGCAUGGCAUGCGGACCGUCAGCAAGAGCGAUUCUGGCACAUUGUGGGACCCAUUCUUGGCGGAUUGGUUGGGUUUAUUAUUUCCAUGUGCACGCUCAAUACUGCGGGACGCUACGUGGCGCUUUUCCUCCAGGCUUCUUCCUACGCCGGCUUUAUUGUCUUCUACUCCUGGAUCUCCUCGUCCUUCCCUCGUCCACCGGCUAAGCGAGCCGUCGCGAUCGCCAUGAUCAAUGCGUUCUCGCAACUCGGUAACAUUGCUGGGUCGUACAUCUGGAAUAUGUCGGACAACGGGUUCAGGAACAGUUAUGGUGUUGUUACUGCUAUGUUUGGAGUGACGAUACUAGGAUGUUUCAUCUUCAAGGUGAUUCUGGUGCGCUUGAACAAGAGGCUUGAUGAUGGAGUUGAUGCCUGGGUUGUACAUGGCGAUGUUGCAGAACAGACUGCCAGGACAGAAGGUGUCAGUGUUGAAGAAGGACAGAAGUUGAUGAAGGGAUUCAGAUAUCUUGUCUAGAAGACCUGAAAUCAUGCCCGUUAUGUAAACUCUGGUGAGAGCAACUCAUGCCAUCUUCAGAUACGCUAUACAAGCCAUAGUUCUGACUUCAAGAUAAACUAGAUAUUGCCUCAAGUUGGUAGACAAAUUUUACUAAACUACAUUGGUC